AUGAAUGCAAUGGGCCGGAAAUUUCGUCGCGCUGCUAAAGCCGCUGCCAAAGUCAAACUCGGCGAUGCUCCGCGAUUCCAGAGCGACAUAACGGAAACCUGUGCGAAUUGCUCAAGAGUCGACAUUGCGCUCAUGGUUCGACGCGCCCACAAAUUCAUGUCCAAAGAUUUGAAUUAUUACCUCGGCACCUUUCAGGAGAUUCGAGCAAAAAGUCGCGAAUGUCAGCUGUGUCGAGCUUGGUUAGAACUUACGCCGAAAUUUGAAGGGCUUCCUGACGGAGAAUACCCGGAACACAACACUCUCACACUAGAGACAACUUCAACAUAUACCAAAGGGACUUUCAAGUUGCUCGAGGAUAAUGCAGACUACGAUGACAAGAGACUCCAUACCGUGAGGCUCUCCCUCUUUGAUCGCAUUAAUCGCAGAAGAGGGCCGGAAUUCACGGCCACGGUCAACAGUGGCUCAUUCUACUUACAUCGAGACGAUAUACGCUGGAACGAAAUCUCAUCUCAAAUCGACUUUUCUCUUCCUCGGACCUGGAUGAAAUUUUGUCUAGAGAAUCACACGAUAUGCCGCUCGGCUCACGCUUCCGGAUCGGAGACUUUGCUGGACGUGCUUCGAUUAAUCGACUGCGAUAAAACACUUUCCACUGGCCAGAUGCAGAUUUUCAGACCUAGCGACGCCCCAGAAUACGUAGCAUUAAGCUAUGUCUGGGGAAAGAAGCUCAGCGAUGAUCAGAAAGUACAAUCUUCGUCAGCGGAUAGUAAAGAGGUGCAGACUGAAAAAGAAGGUUUGCUUGAAUACUUGCCUUUGGUCAUACGAGAUAGCGUGCUGGCAACAAUGCAGCUUGGCCUCAGAUAUCUGUGGAUAGACCAGUAUUGUAUCGACCAAGAUGAUAGCAAAGCAAAACAUGAGACGAUCAUGAAAAUGGACCUUAUCUAUGCAACAGCAGCUUUGACCCUGGUCGCCGCUGCUGGAUCUGAUAGUGACCAUGGACUCUCCGGCGUUGGAUUGACCGCAAGAAACCCUCUCAACUCGGUCGAAGUUUCGAACAGCCUCAGAUUUGUUUCUGUCAAACAUGCAGAAGAUUGUAUCCGGGAUACCACUUGGGCCACCAGAGCGUGGACUCUACAAGAGGGUUUGCUCGCUAAGCGACGACUCGUCUUCACUUCUGAGCAGAUGUUCUUUGAGUGCCAGGAAAUGCAGGUCGCGGAGACCGUGGCAGUUCCACUCGAGGUUUUACACGAGUCACACGUUACUUCGAGAUUAGAAGGGGGGUAUUUCCAUGCCAUGGCUAACCACCAUAUCCUAUAUUACCGAAUUGUAUGGAUUUUCCGAAACUACACUCGAAGAAGCCUUUCAUACUCAGCUGAUCGAAUCAACGCUUUUCAAGGGAUACUCAACUCGAUGAAGCCAACCAUGACUCAUGUUUGGGGUCUUCCCAUAUCCGCAGAUGAAGACAAAAUGGGAAGUUUCAUCGGCUCUCUCGGUUGGGAACACGAUAAGACUUGGUUUCGAGAAUUCAGAGACCAGGUCAAGCGAAGCCCUGAAUUUCCGUCGUGGUCAUGGGCCGCGUGGGAGGGACAACAAGACUAUAGUAGCCUCAACAGCACAAAAGAUCUUCGAGUCAAAUUCUAUUUGACGGACGGCUCACCCGUCGACUUGUCCAACGAAAGCACGAAAGAGGAGCUGAGGGGUCUAGAAUCGAAAGCGACGCAUCGGUUUACCCUUCAGACAUUUAUUCUCAAUCCUGAUAGUAUUACUGCUCAUGAUAGCAAGCUCUAUUUGUAUCACGAGGCACGCCAGAACUUUUUUGAACCAAUGAAAGUUCAACAUUACCUUGGGAGGGAUGAGGACGACAAGACCCUCGAGCAGAUUCGAAUCGGAGUAUUUAAACUUAUUUACGUGGGGACUGUUCAUCAUGCAGCUUCAAGAAUCCAGCCCCAAAUGAGAUUCAUCGUUGGGCGUAACAAAGAGGAUUCGUUAGAGCGAAUUGGUUUGAUGAAGGUUAAGCUGGGAACGUCGGAAGAUGAGAUGGCUUAUUUACGAUCCAACGCCAACUUUAUGAGUAUUGACCUCGUAUGA